ACAGGGUCUUACCUUGUGGUCCUUAGAGAGUCAGUCAGUAGGUCAGUGUGUCCGGGUAGGUCUAAGUGGUGAGGAGUGGGACAUUGUCGUGCACCUACCACCACAAUGGAUGACUAUCGGAUGUAUGGGCUGCUUGUUGGGUUCUCCCUUUGGGGGACCCUUUGGCGCCUCCUCUUCCCUCUGGGGUUCUGGCACGCGAUGACGUGUAGAGUAGAUACCCGAGGUGGUGCUUCCACCAAGCCAUAUUCGAAGGAGGAGGAGGAGAAGAUGGCCGCCAUUCUGCAGGAGAGGAAGGAGAAGAAGGAGGCCAAGAAGAAGGCCUUGAAGGAGGAACAGGCGGCCAAAUUGAAGAAGAUAGAAGAAGAGAUGGCCAGAGAGAAGGAGAGGAUACAAAAAGAAGAAGAAGAGAAGUUGAAGGAGGUGGAAGAGGAAGAGGAAGAUGAUGAAAUGUCACUGCAAAGGAAGAGAGGGAAGUACAGUGGCAGUAGAGAAGAGGAGAUGGAGAAACGGAUUUCGGAGUGGGUCGCCAAUUUAUCCCUGGGCGAAGAAGAAGAGGUGGCGAUGUAUAUCUCCAAGGAUGACCAGGAAGCCGCUAUGAGAGCCUGAGAAGCAGAAAAAGAUGUCGUAAAGCGGCAGGCAUUGGAAGAUG